AUGAGUGAUAUAUUUAUUGGUGUAAUGUCAGGUACAUCAUUGGAUGGUAUUGAUGUUGUAAUUGUUGAAUUUAAUGAUAAUGAUGAUGAUAUAAAAAGAAUAAAUGUUAAACAAAGUUAUUCACAUCCAAUGCCAAUUAAUAUAAAGAAUGAUAUAUUAUCAAUGUGUCAAGGUCAAAAAACUACAUUAUCAGAAGUUGGUAAUUUAAAUAGAAGAUUAGGUAUAGUUUAUUCAGAAGCAAUAAAUGAAGCAAUAAAGUUAUCAUCAAUUGAUCCAAAUUCAAUUUCAGCAAUUGGAUGUCAUGGUCAAACUGUUUGGCAUCAACCACCAACCAGAAAACAUGGUGAUGAUGGUGAUAAUGAUGAUAAUGAUGAUGAUAAUGAUGGAUUUACAAUUCAAUUAGGUGAUUGUAAUAGAAUUGCAACAUUAACUGGUAUAACUACAAUUGGUGAUUUUAGAAAUAGAGAUAUUUCAUAUGGUGGACAAGGUGCACCAUUAACACCAUCAUUUCAUAAAUAUUCAUUAUCAAGUUUCAAUGAAAAUAGAAUCAUUUUAAAUAUUGGUGGAAUUUCUAAUAUAACUUUAUUACCAUCAUUAUCAUCAUCAUCAUCAUCAUCAAAUAAUAUUCAAGUUACAGGAUUUGAUACAGGAGCAGGUAAUAUUUUAUUAGAUAGUUGGAUUCAAUUAAAAAAGGAUGGUACACCAUAUGAUAAAGAUGGUGAAUGGGCAAAUCAAGGAAAUGUAAAUGAAAAACUUUUAAAAUCAUUAUAUGAUCAUAGUGAUUCAUUUUUAAAUAAAUUACCACCAAAAUCAACUGGUCGUGAAUUGUUUAAUAUUCAAUGGUUAUUAAAUGUAAUUGAAUCAAUUAAAAAUGAUGAUGAUGAUAAUGAUAAUGAUAAUAUUAUUAUAAAAGAUGAAGAUGUUCAAGCAACACUAUUAGAAUUUACAUGUAAAACAAUAGUUGAUGAAAUUAAAAAAAUUAAAAUUUGUAAAAUUGAUAGAGUUUUAGUUUGUGGAGGUGGUAGUAAAAAUAAAUUAUUAAUGGAUAAACUUUCUAGAUUAUUAAAAAAAGAUGAAAAUGAAAAUGGAUGUGGUGGUAGUGUUAGUAGCGGUAGUAGUGGUAGUUGUAAACUUUCAAUAACUGAUGAAUUUGGUAUCAGUAGUCAAGAUAUGGAGGCAAUUGCAUUUGCAUGGUUUGCAAAAAGAACUUUAAAUAAUCAACCUUCAAAUUUAAUAAGUGUGACUGGUGCUUCAAAAGAAACAAUCUUGGGUGCAAUUUAUUUAAAAAAUAAUUUUAAUAAUUGA